CCCCCUACUUUACAGUGAAAUCGUCCAGAUCAUAACUCAUUGGUGCUAAUUUAUGAAAGGCGGCCGAACAGCUGCGCAAAUGAAUUCAGUUCCCGACAGCGCCAGUAACACCGGUAAAAGGGAAGACCUGCCCCUGGAGGGUAUGACGUUACCGGAUUCGAACCAGCAACCGCUGGGUCUGACAAAGCAAGACGUGGAGACCGGGGGUCAAUCACAGGCGGGCACGUCAUCAGUACCAGCGAACGGCGGCAUGGAGGGGCUGUGGAACCGGCUUAGCGAACGGACGAGGCUCCUUACCUGCUUCUUCGGCAUCUUUACCUGCUAUUUCUACUACGGAAUCAUCCAGGAGAAGAUAACAAGAGGAACAUAUGGAGAGGAUAAAGACAAGUUCAGAUAUGUCCAGUCUCUGGUGUUCAUACAGUGUAUUGUUAACGCAGCCUUUGCCAAAAUGAUGUGUUACUUUGCAGCCCCUGGUGUCAAGGACACUACACCAAACUGGCUUUAUGGAAUAUGUGCAACUACCUACAUGGGAGCCAUGCUGGCUAGUAACCAGGCAUUACAACAUGUUAACUACCCUACACAGGUAUUAGGGAAGUCAUGUAAACCUAUCCCAGUGCUGAUCUUGGGAGUUCUGCUGGCCAGGAAAAGAUACCCGCUCGCCAAGUACCUGUUUGUGUUGCUGAUCGUGGCAGGGGUGGCCAUCUUUGUCUACAAGGACAAUGUGCAGGCAAAGGCUGACGACCACGUUUUUGGUUGGGGAGAAAUUCUUUUGUUAGCGUCCCUGACCAUGGAUGGUCUGACAGGAGUGUCCCAGGAGAAGAUGCGAGGUGAACACCAGACCAACUCUCACCACAUGAUGUACAACAUGAACUUCUGGUCCAUCGGCAUACUGGCUGUCUGCAUCGGAGUGACAGGAGAGGUCUUCUCAUUCCUGAAGUUCCUGGAGAAGUAUCCAUACGUCCUGGGGAACAUGUUUAUCUUCUCACUCACCAGUGCACUGGGACAGCUGUUCAUCUUCGUGACGGUGACAAACUUCGGCCCGCUGACCUGUUCCAUCAUCACGACCACGCGGAAGUUUUUCACGAUCCUCGCUUCGGUCAUCAUCUUCCAGAACCCGAUGCUUCCGCGUCAGUGGCUGGGCGUACUACUGGUGUUCUCUGGGCUGGCGGGGGACAGCUACUUUGGAAAAGCGAAAAAGACCAAGGAAAAUCACAAGUGAUAAGAAACCACCCGUUUGUAACUCUAAUGUGGGAAACUUAAAGUAUAUUUUAUCUCUGGCUCAAAAGUUUAUCAUUGUGAAUUCGAGGGGAUUCAUUCCUCAGCUAACCGACAUCUCGCACACGCAGUCGUCCCUCAGUAAGACACCUGG